GGGAUUGGCGGUGUGUGAGAGUCCACACCAGGUUUAUCUUAGAUGCUGCUGCUUCUUGAACCUUUUCUCUUGUAUCUGCUGAAGCGACUCCCUCCAAUAGAAUAAUAAUGCCAACACUUCCUGAAAGUUAAUGUGUGCCUGGUACUGUUGAGUCAUCCAACAACCUAUGAAGCGGAGGCUAAGAAUAUUGUACACAAAGAUUCUUGAUGUUCUUGAGCAAAUCCCUAAAAAUGCAGCAUAUAGAAAGUAUACAGAACAGAUUACAAAUGAAAAGUUGAAUAUGGUUAAAGCGGAACCAGAUGUUAAGAAAUUAGAAGACCAACUUCAGUGCGGCCAACUAGAAGAGGUGAUUCUUCAGGCUGAAAAUGAACUAAGUCUGGCAAGAAAAAUGAUACAGUGGAAACCAUGGGAGCCUUUAGUGGAAGAGCCUCCUGCCAACCAAUGGAAAUGGCCAAUAUAAUCAUCAUUAAAUGACUAGCGUGUUUAUAAGAAACUGAUACAAUUAAAUGUUCUGUAAUAUUAAAAAUGAUUCCUGAUUCUUGAUAUCUUAAAAUCAAGAAAACUAAUACAAAACAUAUUUAGGAGACUUGUUAAAAUUGAUGACUGUGGUAAUAGGGAUUUGUGAAACCAUAUUUGAUAUGUAAAGCAUUCAUUUAAAUUAUUUUAAAGGUAGUUUUUUUUUUUAACAGGUUGUGGAAAGAUUUGAAAGUUAAAUAGAAAAAUCCCUAUAGAUUUUCAAUGAAGAGGCUAAAUUGAAAUGUGCAGUAUUUUUAGUAGUGUCUUCCACACAUCAUUUAAGGAUUUUUAUCCUGAAAAAAGUAAUAAAGCUACUUAAUUAUUACUGUUGUUUAGACAAAUUUAUACAUCACUAAAGUGAAGUAGGAAAGGUGAAAAACCACCAAAAUUAUAGUUGUACAGUUGAGGAAAUUGAUUUGGUAUUUGAAAGAAAGACUUUUUAUUUAUAGUGAUAAUUGUAAAAAUGGUUCCUUUUGUCUCAAGGAAGUUAGCUUUCUAUUCCUUAGCCUUUUGUCUUCUUGAUCAACCAGAAUACAUCAAGGCAGAGGUAGAAUUUAUGUAAAAGAAGAGACAUAAAGGGUUCCUCAAGUUUAUCUGACUUAUGGAUAGGAUUUUAUUCAGAACAUCUUAGUGUCACGUGGGUUGUAACUUCAAAGUAGAAUCACUAGGUGGUUUUCACUAAGUUUCCAGUAUGAGUGCAGUUGGGUAUCAAACAAAAUAAAUGCUAUAGAAGGAAAGAAACACUUGGCAUAAAUUACUUUUAAUGUGUCUUCUCCCUUUCUUCCUAGGCCCUAUCAUUUCUGAAUACUUAAAUUUGGUAUUUUUUAACUUGAAAGAUAGUACGCUUAUGUGUUUGUACAGAUAUGUGUGUGUGUGUUGCUAUCCCUUGUGGCAAAGCAGAAUCAAUUCAGAAUUUUCAGAAUGAGAAAAUUGUGUUUUUUCCAAUGUAUUUCUCCCCUUACAGCACUGUAAAUUGAAUGGUAAAUAAAUAUUAAGUUAAGUGGA